AUGAGCGCCCACCUGGCCGUGCCGCCAUACCUGCCCUGCCCGGGCACUGUCAGGUAUGGGGACUGCUACUGGCUCUCCGCAGGAAGUAUGGACAGCGUGCCGGCCGAGGCGGCCCCGGCGGCUGGCGCCAUGGCUUUCCCCGCGGCGAAGACACCCAGCCACCCAGAUGUCUCUCCAGCUUCCUCCAGCUCUGGGACACUCAUCCAAUACACUCCCGACUCUGCCACCAGCCCCACUGCAGAGCGACCAUCUCCCUGUCCCUCUUUCCAGGUGAAGGAGGAAGGUGGGGGUGUGGUGAAGAAGGGCAAGAGACGCAUAGCCUUUUCCCAGAAGCAGCUGCAAAUCCUGCAUCAGCGGUUCCAGGCCCAGAUGUACCUCAGUCCCCAGCAGAUCCGGGACCUGGCUGCUGUCCUGGAGCUUACCUACAAGCAGGUGAAAACAUGGUUUCAGAAUCAACGGAUGAAGUUUAAACGCUGCCAGAAGGAGAGCCUGUGGAUGGAAAAAGGGAUGUAUCCACCACAGAAUGGGUUUCAUCAGCCUGCCUACCUGGAUAUAACCCCCACAUUUCACCAGGGCUUUCCUGUCAGUACCAGCAGAAACAUUCAGGCUGUGACCAACAUGCACCAAGCUUACAGCAGUGGCCAGACUUACGGGGGUGGGCAGAGCUUGUACUCGCUCAUGGCUGCGGAGGAUGAGGGGUUCUUCGGGAAAGCCGAAACAAGCUGCAAUACCCAGCAAGCUGUGGGUUUCUUAAGCCAGCAGAUGAACUUCUAUCACAGUUAUCCUGUGGAUGUUGAUUAUGUCAGCCUGGAGUCAGAAGACAGCUGCAGCUUCCAGAGCACCCCUGACAAUAUCACACCAUUCUUGAGCUCUCCUGCACAGCAUCAGUACCAGGCCCCCUUGGCAUCCCCUGGGGACCCAGAGUGGUUAUGA